GCGCCAAAUAUUUUACAAAUCUUUGGUAAUUCAAAAUUUCCAAACGCUUCGAAACAGAACGGUUCUCCAUCUUCAAUUCCUAAGUUUUUUCUUCAACUUUCAUCAAGAUGGGGAACAUCAAAAUUCCUACUGCUAAAACAAGAUCCAGGAAGCGAGUCUCCGACACCGAUCUCUCGAGCUCCGAUCAAAGGAAGCAAACCAACGAUGAUAUCGACCUUGAUCUCGACCUUUCCGACGAUCUUAAAGGAAUAGUGUCGGCGUUGAAUCAGAUCAAAGAGAGAGCUCAUAAGGACGACCUGAAGAAGAAUGAAGAGACGAUCUCAAGUGUAGCGACUGAGAUGAGAACAAUGAUUGAGGAGGUGAAAUCUAAACUUGAGAAGGACAGGCAAAAUUUUGCAAAAGCUCUAUCGAAAAGCUCAAAAGAGUGUGAAAACUGUUUGAAGGACGAGACUGCAAAAUUCCAAGCACUUUACGAGAAAUUCACAAAAGAGAAAGCUACACAUCUUCAGGCCAUAAAAGAUACCAUUUCAAAAUUUGAAGAGGAGAAAGAAAGGCUGUUCGCGAAAUAUGAACAACUGAGAAAGAGAGAAAGGAGCUUGAUAUCUGAACAAGAGAAAGCUUGUGCUGAAAAGAUUGCUCAAUUGGAAGAGUCUUUGAAAAGGAAAAAGCAGGAUGACAAGACUUUCAGCCUUUUGAGGAAGACUCUUGGUUCAUUUCUUGAUACUGGCUCAGAUGAGGACUUCCCAGCUGAUGAUUGAAAGGUAUUAGUGGAUUGAGAAACAUUCAAUAAUAUGAUUACUCUGCAUCACUCUUUUUAGUACUAAAAAAUAGGUCUUCUCUCCUCUUUUGCAAACUAUUUGAUGCAAUUAUCUAGUCUACAUUCUAGUAGACAUAUUUCCGUGAUCCUCUCUUUGAGGAUUAGCUUUCUUUAUGGUUUGGAUUGUUGAAAUACAAUCGAGUCAUAAGGGUCAUUUUCUUAACUUUAAUGGUUGGCCUAUGGUUGUAGCCGCUCUGCCUCUUUAAAAAAUAGUUACCUUCUUCUGCAAGUUGUAAUGUUACGAUUGCUUUGAGAAAAAUCUUUAAGAACUCCAAAA